AUGUCAAGUCCAAUCGAUCUUUCAACUAUUGUCAAGCUCAUUCAGUACUGUAUGGAAAAGGUGGAAACAGUUAUAUCAAAUAAGGAAGUUUGUGCGAAUCUGGCCGAUGAUUUGGCUAUUAUUCAUGAAAUAUUGACAAGUCUCGAUUCCACCGAAAACUCGAAGGCAGAACAGUACAAAUUACAUCGUGUUAUGAUCAAACUUUAUCGCAUUACAAGUCGUACGAAUGUACUAUUUGAUAGGUAUGCACCGUUAGUAUUUCCACUACCAGUAUUUCAGUAUAUUGAUACUAUACUAUUCCACAUUAAACAGACAUCUGCUUAUAGCAGAGGCGGCACAGCGAUACCCAAAGUGAAUGAUAAAAUAUUUGACGAGGAAGAUGAAGAAGAUAUGGAAGAGGCCGAGGAAUAUUAUGCGGAUGAUGAAGAUUAA